AUGAAGAGGUGCAAAUCGGACGAGCUGCAGCAACCGCAGGGCGAGGAGGAUGGGGCUGGGAUGGAAGACGCGGCUUGCCUUUUGCCGGGCGCGGACCUCCGGCCUGGGGAGGCCUCGGGUGCUAACUCCGCUGGCGGGCCAACUUCGGAUGCUGGCGCUGCGGCGGCACCCAACCCGGGUCCCCGAAGCAAGCCUCCUGAUUUAAAGAAAAUCCAGCAGCUCUCAGAGGGGUCCAUGUUUGGCCACGGCCUGAAGCACCUGUUUCACAGCCGACGCAGGUCACGGGAGAGGGAGCACCAGGCGGAGCACCAGGCAUCUCAGGAGGCCCAGCAACAGCAGCCGCAGCAGGGCCUAUCCGAUCAGGACUCCCCAGAUGAGAAGGAGCGCUCCCCGGAGAUGCACCGCGUCUCCUAUGCGGUGUCCCUGCACGACCUGCCUGCCCGGCCCACUGCUUUCAACCGGGUGUUACAGCAGAUUCGUUCCAGGCCCUCCAUCAAGCGGGGAGCCAGCCUGCACAGCAGUGGGGGGAGCAGUAGCCGCCGGGCCAAGAGCAGCUCCCUGGAGCCCCAGCGCGGCAGUCCUCACCUGCUUCGCAAGGUCCCCCAGGACAGCAGCCUGGCCGCCAUCCUGCACCAGCACCAGGGCAGACCCCGCUCCUCCUCUACCACCGACACAGCCUUGCUCCUGGCUGAUGGCAGCAAUGCGUACCUCCUGGCUGAGGAGGCCGAGGGCAUCGGGGACAAGGGUGACAAGGGAGAUCUUGCGGCCCUGAGCCUCCCCUCUGGCCCUGGCCACGGUGACACUGAUGGCCCCAUCAGCCUGGACGUGCCAGAUGGAGCCCCCGACCCCCAGCGGACUAAAGCUGCCAUUGACCACCUGCACCAGAAGAUCCUGAAGAUCACUGAGCAGAUCAAGAUCGAGCAGGAGGCGCGGGACGACAACGUGGCAGAGUACCUGAAGCUGGCCAACAAUGCAGACAAGCAGCAGGUGUCGCGCAUCAAGCAGGUGUUCGAGAAGAAGAAUCAGAAGUCAGCACAGACCAUCGCCCAGCUGCACAAGAAGCUGGAACACUACCGCCGGCGCCUGAAGGAGAUAGAGCAGAAUGGGCCCUCACGGCAGCCCAAGGACGUGCUGCGCGAUAUGCAGCAAGGGCUGAAGGAUGUGGGCGCCAACGUGCGUGCCGGCAUCAGUGGCUUCGGGGGUGGCGUGGUGGAGGGCGUCAAGGGCAGUCUCUCUGGCCUCUCGCAAGCAACCCACACUGCGGUGGUGUCCAAGCCCCGGGAGUUCGCCAGCCUCAUUCGCAACAAGUUCGGCAGUGCGGACAACAUCGCCCACCUGAAGGACCCUAUGGAAGAUGGGCCCCCUGAAGAGGCAGCCCGGGCGCUGAGUGGCAGCGCCACGUUAGUGUCCAGCCCCAAGUAUGGCAGUGACGAUGAAUGUUCCAGUGCCAGCGCCAGCUCGGCUGGGGCAGGCAGUAACUCUGGGGCUGGGCCAGGAGGCGCACUGGGGAGCCCUAGGUCCAACACUCUUUACGGUGCCCCUGGAAAUCUGGACACUCUGCUGGAGGAGCUGCGCGACAUAAAGGAGGGCCAGUCACACCUGGAGGACUCCAUGGAGGACUUGAAGACUCAGCUGCAGAGAGACUACACCUACAUGACCCAGUGCCUGCAGGAAGAGCGCUACAGAUAUGAGAGGCUGGAGGAACAGCUGAAUGACCUCACUGAGCUCCACCAGAACGAGAUGACCAACCUCAAGCAGGAGCUAGCCAGCAUGGAGGAAAAGGUGGCCUACCAAUCCUACGAGAGGGCCCGCGAUAUCCAGGAGGCUGUGGAGUCCUGCCUGACCCGUGUCACCAAGCUGGAGCUGCAGCAGCAGCAGCAGCAAGUCGUGCAGUUGGAAGGCGUGGAGAAUGCCAAUGCGAGGGCUCUGCUGGGCAAGUUCAUCAACGUGAUCCUGGCGCUCAUGGCCGUGCUGCUGGUGUUUGUGUCCACCAUCGCCAACUUCAUCACGCCCCUCAUGAAGACACGCCUCCGUAUCACCAGCACCGCCCUCCUGCUCCUCAUCCUCUUCCUCCUCUGGAAGCACUGGGACUCGCUCACCUACCUCCUGGAGCAUGUGCUGCUGCCCAGCUGAGAAGCUGCCAUCCGUCCCCGUCAUGCCCCCCCCCCCCCACGCUCUCUGGUUUCCUCCGCCACGCAUCUCCGGGAGGGCCGGGGACUCUCUUGAAUCUUGUCUUGCCCAAACUGCCCAUCGGGCGGCUCCUGCCCGUUCUCUGUACCGCUGUUUGGCACCACCUCUCCUGGCCUGAAGGUUGCUGAGAAGGGGGUCCGGGCUGGAGGGAGUCGAAACACUCAUGACCAAACGGAACGGGGGACUUUUCUGGGCUGACCGGCCGAUGUCCUAGGUCAUGAAGGCCACUAAGAUGGAAGGCCAGUCUCAGUUUCCCUACGGAAGAGCCCAUCCUAGGGUGGCCUGGAUAUGGCCGGUGUGCAGGAAGGGGAGGGUCCCGGCCUUGGGGCUACAGAGCAGGCCAGAGGCAGCUCAGCCUACCCUUCCCCUGCCCUCUCCCCACCGAGCUGAUUUGAGACUGGUUUCUGGAGGAUAGGUGAGGCGUGGCUCUGGAUUUGUGUUUUCUCUGCUCAUCUUUCUGCCAAUCACUGGGUGUGCUGCUCUCUGCAAAACAGGCCCCAAGGGCCUGAGCCUCUGCCUCUAGCCCACACCCUUAGGCCUCUGGGAUCCAAGUUGAGUUCUAUUUAUUUAUUUAUUUGCUUACUUAUUUAUUUGUUCUUAUCUUUCCCUUGCUUCUGCCCAGCUGGGCUCCAGGGAGAGGACCUGCCCAUCCUCCCUCUGAAGCCAGGGAUUAUUUAUUCUUGGCUCAUCACAUCACACUCCAGACCAUGCAUCCUGCGGUGUUUCUGGCUGGAAAAAGGAGUAUGUGGCCACCCAGCCCGCUCUCCCAAGCAGCCACACCAGAUGGGCAGGAGGAUCAUGGUCCUUUUCUAUCUAUUUAUUUUAUAUGUGUGUCUUUGUGGGGAAGAGGGUGUUUGGUGAUUUAUUUCUUUAAGGCUCUGGAUUACUGUGUACAGUUUGCACAGCCCAGCCUCCCCAUGGGCCCCUCCAAGCACAUUGGGGAUUUCUCAGAACAGGAGAGAGGAAUCCACGAAGCAGGAGAAACUCUGCCUGCCGGCUGUGGUGGACCUCCCUGAGAAAUAAAUAUCCUCUACGUUUCCAAACCA